AUGGAUGAGAGCGAAGAGACAAAGCAGUUGAAGGAGCUGGUGAAGAAGGAGCUGGUGAAGGAGGAGAAGCCAGACGAGGAGGAGGAGCUGGUGAAGGAGGAGGAUUAUGAGAGCCAUUCUCCGAUUGACCAACAGUGGAUAGAGGAGUUUAUGGACUAUAUCGAUGACGAGAGUGGCGACGAAGGUAGACGGGAGAGUCAGGCAGCAAGUUCAACAAAAGCUCUAUCCUUACCAGGUUCAGACCACCUCACAGCAGACGAAACGGUGGGGAGAAGAACAAAGCACAAGAAAUCGACUAUGGGAGAGGAGAAGCAAGAGACGUCCGCUCGGAAGAUGCUGCAUGAACAACUGAUCGAUCAACAUAGGGAAAGCGUCCGAAAGUGGCAAGAGCAGGUGGUUGAGCUCUCAACUCUCUCACAGUACUCAAGCAGCAACGUUGAUAGCACGCGCACGGAUUCAUGA